AUGAGCGAAGCUGAGAGAAUCUACCAGGCAACCGCUGCCCGCGAUGCUGGUGCUUACCAACCUGAGCCUGACGCCGAGUCAGAGCCCAAGAAAGAGAAGGAGGCUGAGGGCGAAGCUGCUGAAGGCGAGGCUGAGGGUGAGGGUGCCGAGAAGAAAGAGAAGAAGGACAAGAAGCCUCCCCCACCAAAGCACGGCAAUAAGACCCCAUGGCAGGUCUUCACCGAGACUCUCUCGAGCGAAUUCAAAGAAAGCAAGGAGUGGAACGAAGGCACCAAGCAACUGUCUGGUAGCAUCCACGACUUCACCGAGAACCCCAAUGUGCAAAAGGCCCGCGCCGCAUACGAGAAGAGUACCGGGGCUCUCUCAUCCGCCGCUGGAAGCACCAUCAAGACCACCGCUGGAGCCAUUGGUAAGAGUGCCGCUUGGACUUGGGACACCAGUGUUGUAAAGGGCAUCAGAUACGGUGCUGGUGCUGUCGGUUCCGGACUCGAGAAGGCCACUCGUCCUGUGCGAGAGACCGAGGCCUUCAAGAACGUCAAGGAGGUCAUUGAUGACGGCAGCUCUAUGCGCUAUGGUGGCUGGGUCGAGAAGGAAGAGCGCAGAAAGCGCAGAGAAGCAAGAGAAGCAAAGGACAUCGCAGAAGGUCGCAGGCCUUCGGGUGAGCCUCUAGUUGAGGAUCCCGAUGCCGGAGUCAACGUCACUGUUCACAAGGAUGCCGCCUGGAAGGAGUCAUGGCGCGAGUUCCGCGACAACAGCAAGACUAUGCAACGCCUGUUCGCCUUCAAGUCGACAUACGCCGAAUCAGAGAACCCUUUGAUCUCGACCGCUCGUAGCAUUAGCGACCGUGUUGCUGGCUUCUUCGCUGAGAACGAGACUGCCAAGGUCAUCAAGAAGUUCCGCGAGAUGGACCCCAGCUUCCAGAUGGAGCCUUGGUUGCAGGAGAUGCGCGAAUACAUUCUUCCCGAAGUCCUCGACGCCUACGUCAAGGGUGAUACUGAGGUCCUCAAGCAGUGGUUGAGUGCAGCACAGUACCAGGUUUACGCCGCUCUGAUGCAGCAGUACACCCAGCACGGUCUCGUCUCUGAUGGCCGCAUCCUGGAUAUCCGCAACGUCGACGUACUCAACGCUCGUCUACUUGAGCCCGGUGAUAUUCCCGUCUUCGUCAUCAUGUGCCGUACACAGGAGGUGCACGUUUACAAGAACAAGAAGACCGGCCAGCUGGCUUCUGGCAUGGAAGACAAGGUUCAGCAAGUCACAUACGCGAUUGGUGUCACUAGACUUCCUGAGGAUGUCCACAACCCCGAGACCCGCGGAUGGAGACUUAUCGAGCUUCAAAAGAGCGCGAGAGAGUAUAUCUAA